AUGGAUAUCAAAACAUGGCUCCAAGAUCUUCGAGAAGAAGUGUCAUGUCCUGUGUGUACUAACAUCUACACGAACCCAAAACAGCUCCAGUGUUUACACAGUUUCUGCCUCCAAUGCUUGCAGCAAUGGCGCAGAACAAGUCAUGGCCGAGACACAAUCAGAUGUCCGAAAUGCCAAGCUCUAAACAAAGUGCCGGAAAGUGGUGAUCUGAAAGAUCUACCAACCAGUUUUUACUUGAAUGGCCUGAUUGAUGUGUUAGCCAUUAAAGAAUGUAAAAACAGUCAAGUACAGUGUGGAAAUUGCGACAGGAAAAGCUACGAGACAUUUUAUUGUUUCCAGUGUUGCACAUUUUAUUGCCAAGAAUGCGUCAUUGGACACAACAUCAUGCGAAGUAACAAAGAUCACCGUGUUCUGGCGCUCAAAGAUUUUCAAGAAAAGGACUUUGAAGAUGUAAUGAAACGACCCAUGUACUGCUCGAAACAGCGGCACGAGAAAGAAAAACUGAAAUACUUCUGCAAGAAUUGUACUGAGGCAGCUUGCCAAAGUUGUGUAUUGAUAGAUCAUGCGGGUCACGCUAUAGUGCUCCUAAACGAAGAAGCUGAAAAACAAAAGAUUCAAAUGAAAUCACUUAUAGAAACAAAGAAGAAUGAUUUACGAGAAAAAAUAAAUAUUGUACGACAACUCGACGAGGAUUACGCAAAACUGAUACAAAGAGAAGAAGACUUGAAGCGAGAAAUACAGGAGUUUGUGGACGAUUUGUUUGCAACUGUUGAAGUGAAGAAACAAGCCAUGUAUGAAGCAGUGGAGAAAGAAACGAGGAAAUCGCUCGAAAUUAAUGCAGGGCAAAAAACGAAAAUCGAACGACAAAUUAAGUUAAUCAAGUCAUCGUUGGAGAAAGCUGAUAAACUGAUGAUACGAAGUACAAACGCCGAAGUCGUUCAACGGAUGAUUUCAUUAGAGACAAUAUUUCACCGAGAUGAUCAAAACCAACCAGACGACCUCGACCUAAAAAAGCCCUCCUCUUUAGCUUAUGUGGGGAAUCAAAAGCUGUUGAACACUGUUGAAGGCCAAGGAAUUGGAUCUUUGCGAGUAGUGCACCAAACAAAAGCAAGUCAAUCCGUUGCUGAAGGCAAAGGACUUGAAGAAGGGAUUGUUAACCAUACAGCACACUUUACUUUAACUACAAGAGACGCGGAAGGAAGACAGUGCUUCAAUGCAGAUGAUCACAUAACGGUGGAGAUAAAGGACGAACAAGGACGAGAAUGCGUGACGGAAGUGCAAAUAGAUGAAAAUAGAGACGGACACUAUCAGAUCAGCUACUCUCCCGGAGAAGUAGGAAGGUUUAAAGUAAGAGUAAAGGUAAACGGAGAACAUGUUCAAAACAGCCCUUUUACUAUAAUAGUAAAAGGCUUUCAGUUCAAAGCCGUGUUGACUUUCGGAAAAGAAGGUUCUUCUGUAGGAAUGUUUAGAGGUCCUUACGGGGUGGCAGUGAAUGCCAAGGAUGAGAUAGCUGUAACUGAUUUUUUCAACCACAGAGUUCAAAUUUUUAACAAGAAUGGAUACUACUUGAGAUCAUUUGGUAGGGAGGGUAACAAGGCGGGAGAAUUUAAAUAUCCCAUAGAUAUAGCAUUUCAUGAUAACGGGAAUAUUUUCGUGGCAGACCAGUGGAACCACAGAAUCCAGAUUUUUACGGGGGAGGGUCGAUACGUGAACAGUUUUGGUAGGAAAGGAAACCGGGAUAGUCAGCUCAGAUCACCUUGGGGCAUAUCGGUAGACAGUGAUGGAAACAUUAUUGUUGCUGAUUCAGAUAACAAAAUGAUUAAGAUCUUUUCUUCUGAUGGCAUGUUUCUGAUGAAGAUAGGUGGACAUGGGGCUUUUACUUUUCCUAUUUACUGUGUUCAGUACGAUACAUAUCUCAUAGUGUCGGACCACGAUGAACAUUGUAUCAAAGUUUAUGACAGGUAUGGAAAAUUUCAGUACAAGUUUGGAAAGGAGGGUGGAGGGGACGGGGAGUUUAAUAAUCCUGCAUGUUUGUCAGUGAACAAGUCAGGAAACCUGAUGGUAUGUGACACAAAUAAUCAUAGAGUACAAGUAUUUGAACUGAAUGGAGGGUUUCUCAAUAAGUUUGGAACUAAAGGUGGCAAUUUAGGAAAAUUCCAUUAUCCACAGUCUCUGGCGGUUCUUGCUUCAGGGCAAAUUGUUGUCACUGAUAGGGGCAACGAUCGUAUUCAGAUAUUUAAGUAAACUAUAAUCUAUAUAAAAAAUUGAUUUCCGUAUUUCAGAUAUGUAUUAUUGAAAUGGUGACUUAAAAGACAAAUGGUAAAAUAAACAAGUUAAAAAAUGAAGUUUAUCGGGGAAUAGUGGGGUGACCGCUUAAUACACGUUCAACUUUAGACAUUAUAUUUUAAUAUUUCUCUUUGAAAUUUGAGGUCGAAAAGGUUGAUUAACCAACUAUUUAUUAAUGUUGAGCCAAGAGAGUUUGUUGCAAUUUGGUGUUCUGGCUGUGGCCUCCUCUCUCUGCUCUGCGGAAACUGGCUUGGAAGCGAAACGGAAAGCUAUCUUUUCAGCUCUUUUCGGCUGCUCGUAGGCGAGCAUUAACCGGGUGAGUCACCUACGAGCAAGCCGAUAGUUAGCCUGAGGAAUAUUUACUUCUGUGGCAAAAAUAAACCGUUAUUAUAUGCUUAGAGAACCUCUUUUUUAUUAUCACAAAAACUGGUUAUUUAGAUCGAAUUUAGGUAUUGGAACGAGAAAUUACCAAGGAAGAGUAAUGAAACCAGAGCCUCUAGGUUAAGAAUCAACGUCUAAGAUUACUGAACCAAUGAAAUCUCUGACAAGCCUGGUACUACAAGAGGGUUUUACAUCGAGUUGGUUCAGACUUGAAAUCUCAGAUUUUUAAACCAGCCAUUGAGUAGUUAAAAGGAAACAUCGGAAAUAUAUAUUAAGUUGAAAAUUGCUCUAGAUCUGUAGGGAGAAGUUUAUUUUAAUGUUUUCUAUGUAAAGGAUACUUUCAAUAUUCUUUAAUAGCGACAUUUUGAGUUUAAGUUUUUAUUGACAGUUUAUUCGAAUUAACCCUUUCACUUUCAAUAUCUCAUUAGUAAUUCUCCUUACUGUCUGCCCCACAAUUGUUAUGAUGUUAGCUCAGAGAAUUUGGUAUUGGAUCAACUAUUAAUUCCCUAAUUGAUAUUUUCCUUAUUCUCAUCACAUGUCUGCUUAAUAUUGUAUCGAUAUAGU